UUUGAAUGUCGUAUAAAAUAUCCUAGACUGACCAGAAAAACCUCUUACAUCAGUUAGACUUCUUCACUGGACACGAUGAAAACCUAGCUUGUAUAUCGGAUUAAAGAUAGCAUUCAAUUUAAAUUGAAUUAGAUGAACGGCCGAUCAUUAUACAGACAAAAUGAAGCCUGCUAUCUUGAUAACGGUUAUUUCCAGCUUUGUAGCCACUACUAUAGGAAGAAGUAUUUACAUUUCUGGACCAAGUUUGGAUUUACAACCCAGAUCGACUGCAUUUUUAGAAACAUCUCUAUUUGAUAGACAUAUAAUUUCACCAAGUGCUCCUGGUGUAGUUCCUUAUCGCAUACCACUGAGAAUAUCAGCCACACCACGAUAUAUACAAAGGCCAAUUGGACUGGCUCCUCAGUCAACUUUUAAUGCUUUGCAAAGACCACCAUUUUAUCCCCAUGACCACCACGCAUUUCCAUCACGACGUCGACUGGAUCAUUCUCAUUCUCAUGAUUUCUUUGGAAGCGGGAGAAGACACAGGCAUACGCUACAUUCCGAAAGGAAAGACAGAAUGGAGAGCAGUAGAAGACGAAGACGACUACGAAGAUUGAUACAGAGACACAGAGAAGCUGAAGAGAAAGCCGCUCUGCGAGGGUAAAAAUUUGGUCGGUUCUUUGCAAUAAUAUACAGUAAAAUGGUUGUGGAUUCACAAAAACAAUUUAACAAGUAGUGUCUUAUUAGGUUUAAAUAUGUCAGAAAGGAUCUUGACUGAAUUAAGAUUCACGCGGAUGCCAAUGACCAAAAACAAACCUCAAAACAGAAACAUACCAGACAGUUAAUCUCGGUGUUCUUGAAACACAUAAUAUGAGACAUUGAAAGAAAUGACCAGUAAGAGAACAGUGAAACCGAAAGCGAAAAUCUUGUCUAGUAUUAUUUGAUUAUCUAUAUACAAUGUGAAUAUAGAAUAUUGGAUGUCCAGGAAAGGAUCAAACAAGACCUAUCAAUCAAUAAAAACUAAGCCUGUCUGACCUUCAUGUAGCAGGUCUCACAUUGGCUAAUAUUUAGGGAAAGUUUCCGCCAUUAUUGACGUAUAUACAGAGAAGGAAAUGAUCGUGUCUUUAUUUUUGAUAUAAGAUAUUUAUUGUUAUGUAUUUGAAAUGAUAAUAAAUGUUUAAUUUUA